UCCGCCGUGCAUUCAACUUCUUUCGACACUACAAGAAAGUGAUUUUUCGAACGGUAGGAUUUUUGAUCGUGGUGCGCAUUGACCCUCUCAGUCCGUUUGUUGUUAUGGUCAACAGGUGACGUCAACGCCUCGCGCUGGCAUGGCGGUUCAAUGUAAAAAGUGAAUGAAGUAUCUAUCAUAUGUUCUGCUCUAGUUAUUAACAACUAAACUAUGGAAGUGUGAUAUAAUUCAUAAGAAUCUCAAACAUGGAAAUCAAUCCGGACUUUGAUGCCGGAGAAGUUGCGCGAACUGUUGCGCUAGCUGUCACUAAUCUACACAGUCGAAAUUUAUCAUCUGACAGCGGUAACGAUGAAACACCUCUAGUCCGAAAUCGUGAACAUAGUAUUAAUACAAACAUGGAUAAUGAAGAUAAAACUAAAUUAGUGUCUUCUCAAAGCUCAGGAUGGAAAGAUUAUUUCAAAAAUAUUCCUGCUCGCCAUGUUUUAACGAUUCUGGGAUUUCUUGGAUUUUGCAAUGUCUAUGCUUUAAGGGUCAAUUUAAGUGUUGCUAUGGUGGCAAUGGUUAAUAUAGAUACCAAUACAACUGUUGUUAGUGAAUGUUCUGUUGGACCAUUAAAUGAUACUCAUAAAAUAAAGGAUGGUGAAUUUAAAUGGGAUUCCAAUACCCAAGGAACGAUCUUAGGCUCUUUCUUCUAUGGGUAUUUACUCACUCAAGUUCCUGGUGGACGAAUGGCCGAAAAAUUUGGUGGAAAAUGGCUAUUUGGGUUAGGAGUACUUUGCACCUCUGUUUUAACAUUGCUGACGCCCAUAGCUGCCAGAUGGGGUGUUGUGCCCCUUAUUGUUUUGAGAGUUUGUGAAGGACUCGGAGAGGGUGUUACAUUUCCUGCAAUGCACGCUAUGUUAGGUACUUGGUUACCGAAAAUGGAACGAAGUCUUUUAGGCACCAUAAUAUACAGUGGUGCCCAGAUUGGAACAGUCAUUUCAAUGCCAAUAUCUGGGCUGCUUUGUGAUUCAGAUUUCCUUGGAGGAUGGCCAUCUGUUUUCUAUGUGUUUGGUACCCUUGGUUGUAUAUGGACCAUAUUUUGGGGCAUUUUGAUCUAUGAAACGCCUGACGUUCAUCCUCGAAUCUCAAGAGCUGAACUAUUACUUAUUCAAGCUGACAGAAGUGAUGACAGUCAGAAAAAAAAUAAACCAAAUAUUCCUUGGAAAAAGAUACUGACAUCUAUUCCUGUGUGGACAUUAAUGAUUACCCAUUUUGGACAAAAUUGGGGAUUCUACACAUUCUUAACUAUGCUUCCAACGUAUUUAAGCUCCAUAUUACGAUUUAAUAUUAAAAGCGAUGGUUUUAUUUCUGCUCUUCCUUAUCUCUUACAAGCUAUUGUUGGAUGGGUAACAAGCUAUAUUGCUGAUUAUGCCCGUCAAAGACAAUAUUUUACUAUCAGCACCAUUCGUAAAAUCUGUAACACUGUUGGUUUCAUUGGACCAGCUAUAUGUUUACUUGGAGUUAUUGUUAGUGGCUGUAAUCACAUAUGGAGUGUCGUUUUCCUUACUCUGGCUAUGGGUUUUAAUGGAUUUACUUUCUCAGGCUACAUGGUGACACACGUUGAUAUGUCUCCAGAAUUUGCUGGUACUCUUAUGGGAAUGACAAACGCAUUUGCAACUUUAACUGGUUUUCUGGCUCCCAAGGCUGUUGGUGCCCUAACUCAAAAUAAUCAAACAUUAGCACAAUGGAGGAUAGUAUUUUACAUCGCUAUAGGAGUUUAUGUAGUUACCGGAGCUCUUUAUGUUCUUUGUGGUUCUGCAAAGCUUCAAAAAUGGGGAGCUUCAAAAUCGAGAUCUUUGAGUGACAUAGCUGAGAAGGCUGAAACGACAAGUGAUGAAUAACUUAUGUACUUAUACUUUAUAGUAGAUUCUUUAUUAUAUUUUUCAAAUAUCAUUAAGAUGUUUAAUAUAUAUCUAUAUAUAGAUAUUUGAAAUAUUAGAAAAUAUUUAUUAUAAAUAUACAUAUACAAUUUUAUAAACUCCAGUUGUUUAGCUCUCAUUGUUUUCAUUGACAUGUUUAGUUUAUUUUUUACUUUAUACACAUUCUUAAAUCCUUAAUUUAUUUUUUUAGCUCAUAUCUUUUUUCUUUUUUUUUAAAUUUUAUGUUGCACUUGUUCUUUUCUGUUAUUUAAUACUCAAGAAAUGUAUAUUAUUCAAAGAGUGUCUUUAGCGUAAUUUAUUUUAGGAUUCAUAAUUGAUGCUGUUUUACGUAUUUAUUUCUUUUAGAUUUUCAUUUUAUUAAUGUCAAUAUAUCUUUUAUAAGUAUGUGUUUAUAUAGAUAGGUCAUUUUUAAUGUUUACAACUUUACAGUGACACAAAUUCUUAACUGAAUAUUCUAAAGUAAUUUUACGAAUUUUAAUAUAUGAGAGAAUUGUAAUCUGUUUUUAAAAUGAAAAGAGAUUUUCCUUAACAAUACAAAAAUGUUGUUUACAGUUUUAAAAUGGAUUUACGUUCUUGUAUUACCCUUUGGCAUUGUUGUGAUCUUUGCUUUUUUGUUUUUAUUUGUUUUUCCUUUCUCAUUUCUUUGUUUUACAAUUAAAAUUUUUUUUUGUUUAAUUUUUUUUUCUUCAAAAUAUUUAAGUUUUUUUUUACUUAGUUUGGCACAGUAUAGCCACAACUUUUCUUUGUGCUAUUAAACCUAGACAAAUUAUCCACAAUUUAAUGUCUAACAGAAAAGUGAAAUAAAUAAUUGAAAUUUUUGUAACUCUAUAUUUAUAAUUGUUUAUUAUAAACUAUAAAUAUUUCUGUUUUUCAGUUAACAAAUAAUAAUUAUAUUGGAUUGCUUAUUUAAUAGUUUGACUUUAGCCUGAAGGGCAAUAUUAUUUUAAAUGAAAAGGGCUAAUGCUAUUUUUAGCAAGGGAAGUCUAAAUUUUUUCAUUAGUUAAUCUCUUUGUAGUAAUAUAUUAUUAGUAUUUAUGGUAUAGGUUCCUUGAAUUGAUUUAAAGAGAACUUGCAUGCUUUACAGUAUCAUAAAUGUGUUUCUAACAUUAUUUAAUGUUUGGAAGAAUUUUGUCCGUAAACACAGCAGUUUAACUCAUAUAGAUUAAAGCAAUGUCAUCCACCUUACCGAUAUUCAUAAAUACUUAGUUUUUGACGUAGUUGUCUGGCUCAGAAAAUAAUAAAAUUUUACUCAAGUUGAUAAUUUUUUUUAAAAAAAAAAUUAUUUAUUCCUAUAUCAUUUUGCUCAAAUCAAUAUCAUUUACCUGUUUUUAGAAAAUCUUGAAAUUCAAAUAAUGCUCGGAAUUACAGAUUAUUUUUAAAACUUGAAGCAAUCCAUCAAUUAUAAGACCUGUUAUGCAACAGGUUGUUAUUCUAAAAUGUAUCUUUAUAAUUUUAUUGAUUAUCAUUUUUUAUUGUUGAAAUUUGUAUCUUAGAUGUAAUUAACAUUAAAAUUUGAAGGUUUAGUUGAGAUGAAAUAGUCAGAAAACCGAUAAAUUUUUUUCCCUUCUUUUUGCCAACCUUGAUUUUUAAAAAUUAAAUUUUUUUCAGUUUUUUUUUUUCCGCACAUGCUAUGACUUUAUUCAUAAAAUAAGAAUUUUAUUUUUGUUCUUCGGUGAAGCCUUUAACAUAAGUGAGCAUUAUUUAAAAUAAUUUCUUAGAAACAAGAAAAAAGUUAGUGGACCAAUUUAGUUUUCCUAAACUAAGUGUAUAAAAAAUGAUGUUUAUUUGUAAAGUUUUAUUAUUUUUUACAAGAGUUGUUUUUUAAAUAUUUAAGCUUGUUUAUAAAAUUUGUUACUUUAGUGUCGUUUAUAUUUUUGUCAUCGAUUAUUCAGACAGUUGUAAAAUCUACUUAUUUGCCAUUUUUUUAAAUGCUUUAAACCUUUUCUUAUAACAAAACUUCAUUUAAGCUACCAGGGUCAGUAUAGGUGAAUCAUUAACAACUCUUGUAUCUUUCAUUUAUUUUUAACUGAACUAAGCAAAAUCCAAUGUUUUACACAAAUUUCAUUUCCUUUUUUCCUUAUACAAAUGUUAAAGUAGUUUUGUACCAUUUUUCACUUUUAAAAUGUAAGGAAAUUUUUUGUUUUUCCAUUUAUCAAAAAAAAAAAUUUUGACGAAUUUUUGAAAUAAAUUUUCUAACUAGAACCUCUGUUUAUCAAGGUCCAGUUAACGAAGUUUGACUGUAUUUUAUGUCUAAAAACAAUGUAAACGUUAUAAAGUUUUUUGUUUCUAUACUGUAAAUUCUUGUAUUAGUUAACCUGAAAUCAGGCGCAUACUCUUUGAAAUAUUUUUUAGUGAGAUUUUGUGUUGGGCAAAUAAUUUAUUGAAUGUACAUGUUUUUAUGUUACGUUUUUCAAAUCUCCAGCUGCAAAACAGUGUAAUAUUUGUAUUGCAUUAUUUUUGAAUAAGCUUAUACUUAUUUCCUCAAUUUUAAUGUACUAUCUAUGAAUUUAAAUAGAUAUGCAAUAAAAUUAUAUAUCUAUAAGCACAUGUAUCUCUAAGCACAUAUAUCCAUGUGAUAUUAAAUAGUUUAACUUUUAUACAGUUUUUACAAUGUUAAUUUUUUUAAAUGUUGUUUUUAAAAAUGGUAUCUUUCCAUUAGCUAAAUGAUAAAUAAUCCAAUAAAAAUGAAAUACAUCGAUACACACUCUACCAGUUUAUCUUUUAUGAAAUGAAAUGGAUCUAUUUUUUCAGAUUAAUUUUGUUAUUUUUAUUUUACCAUUUAUACCAAAGACAGAUUGUUUCCACCUGGUGUCCUCUCCCAGCUUUAUAGAAAAAUAUAUGUUGCUUAUGAGAUAACAUCUGAUGUUUGGAGUCUUAUUACUGUAAGAUAACUGGAUCAAAUAUGUUUAAAUUUUGUAGCCAGAAGUGCCAGAUCAUAGAAAAGAAGCGGGGAACAUUCAUGACCAUAUAGAUAUUUAUAAAAAUUUAAAACUGGAAAUCACCGUUUGAAUGUACAACAAAUUUGAUAGUAAUAAAAAAAUAAUGUUUUUUAUGUCUGCUGAUAAUUGUUUAACUUUUCCUCAACUUUUCAGCCAAAGGUUUUUUUAUUGAAUUUAUAAAUUAUAUUUUCCUUUUUGUAUCUAUUGAAAAUGUUAAUUAAUGACAAUUUGAAUAAUAAUAGAGUAAGGACACAUGGUCGACCAAUGUCAAACCUCUUCGUUUCGACUCUGAAUACCGCCUAUACUCUAGUUUACUUCUUCUGGUUUCUCGGUGCAUGAGGUCCUACAUUAGACUGGUAGUAAGAAAUAGUUCCCAGUAAGUACCCAAAGUUAAGCAUCACUGACAAUGGUCAGUGAGCAUAUGGGUGACCACUUAAAUUAUGUGACGGAACUGAGGGUGUGUGGUAUGAGUCCUUGUUAAACUGGUCUACUCUAAAGUGCUCAACUUUGCUAGCAGAGCGUUGAACUACCAAAGUGAAGAAAGGAUCUCUUCUGCAGAGGAUCAAAAUUGUGUUUCAUGUCUUUGGAUCAUCCUCAAGGAUUUUUGAUAGAUUGUCGCUAUUAGCCCAUUGUGCAACUUCAGUGCAACGUAAAUAAAGUACUACUACUCAACGCAACUGCACUUAGAGAAAUUUUACUUUAUAUGUUUUGUUUCCAGUAAUUGAAACUGUGUUUAUGGCAUGCUUCAUCUUUGCAAUAAAAUUUUUUAUUUGUAAGGAAAUUAGUAACUAAUGUCAAACCAUUACAAAUUAGCUUGGAACUUAUAUUACUAUGGGCAUCAUUGGUAUAAAAUUUUCUUGAAUUAUCAUGGUUCAAGUUCAGUUACAUUAAAAAAAAAUAGUAAAUGAAAAAAAUAAUAAUCUGUUAGCAGAUAUUUAACUGAAUGGAAAAAAAAUUUUAUUCAUAAAAUUUAAAAAGCUGAAUGAUGCUAAUUUACAAUAUUAUAACUAGGUAUUUUAAUUUUGUCUGCCUCAAAAAUUGAAUUUAUGCGAUUCCCAUAUAAAUUACUUUCGAAUAUAAAACUAAAUGCACUCUUCAUUUGAAAAUAUAGCUUUUUGUUAGAAUAUUGUCUCGCAACAUUUUAGUUUUUUUUUUUUUUUU